AUGCCGGCAGAGGUAGCACAGGACACGGACCGUGCGUGCGCCUAUGGGAUGAAGCUCAACUGGGACAUCAAUGAUCCGCAGAUGCCUCAGGAGCCGGCUCACUUUGACCACUUCCGUGAGUGGCCCGAUGGCUAUGUGCGCUACAUCUAUAGCAGGGAGGAGAAGAAGGCGCAGCGCCACCUGAGCGGCUGGGCCAUGCGCAACACCAACAACCACAAUGGCCACAUCCUCAAGAAGUCGUGCCUGGGCGUGGUGGUGUGUGCGCGUGCCUGCGCCCUGCCCGACGGCUCCAGCCUGCAGCUGCGACCAGCCAUCUGUGACAAAGCCAGGCUGAAACAGCAGAAGAAAGCAUGUCCCAACUGCCAUUCUGCUUUGGAGUUGAUUCCUUGUCGAGGGCACAGUGGAUACCCUGUGACCAAUUUCUGGAGGCUGGAUGGCAACGCUAUAUUUUUUCAGGCCAAGGGAGUUCAUGAUCACGCAAGACCAGAGAGUAAAUCAGAGACAGAAGCUAGAAGAAGUGCCCUCAAGAGACAGAUGACCUCCUUUUACCAACCCCAGAAAAAGAGAAUGCGUGAACCCGAGGCAGGAGCAAAUCAAGACAGCAGUGAAUAUUUCAACAGCACAUCUUUCCUGGAAAAUCCAGAACUGUUUGAUAUAAUUACUGACACGAGCUGCCUUAUUCCAGGGCAGCCUUGUACUUCCUUCCCAAACUCUGAUGCUUACAAAGCUACCUGUGACCUAGCCAUCUUUCAAGGAGACAUGGUGCCUCCCUUUCAGAAAUAUCCAAACCCAAAAAUCUAUUGGCCUCGACCACCCUGCAGCUAUGAAUUGACAGGCCCUGGAUACACAAAUCCAAGUCCCUAUCCCACCCUUUGUAAAGAUUCUACCAGUGUUCCUAAAGACCCAGACUGGGUCCAUCUGAACGCACUCCAAUAUAAUGUCAAUUCAUACAGCAGCUACGAGAGGAAUUUUGAUUUCACCAGUAAACAAUGCAGCUGGAAAUCAGCACUUGGAAAACCCAGCCUUGGGGAGAGGACCGACCAUGGACAGUUACAGGCCAUGGCCACGCCCCCAUGUCAAAAUCCAGAGUUUCCAUGUAGGUACCUCGCCACUCCUUCAGCUGGUGGCCCAGCCCUGCAGACAGUGAUCACCACUACCACCAAAGUGUCCUACCAGGCCUACCCGUGCCCUGCUCUGAAACAUGGUGACGGUGGACAGGAGGCUAACAGCCUUUCAACCUGUAGCUAUGCUGCUGAAAAUGCCCUGAUGUCUGUCUGUCCAGAAGCCCUGGACCCCUCAGCUGCAGUCACCAGGGCACCCUCUCCAGCAGGGAAAAUUCCUUUGAAAGUUCCAGGAGAUUGCAGGGCCAUCAAAUCCACAUUGGCUUUUCCACAAGAGGCAGCUCCCUCUAGGCCAGAGGGAGCCGAUGCCUGGGAUGUGUGUCUGUACGGGCUGGGCUCUGCCAUCAGUUAUGUGGACAGAGCAGGUCCACUCUUUAGCUAUGACAGUGAGGACUUUUGA